AUGGCACACAAGGGGAACCUUUACAGCGCCCGUCGAUCAGUGCUGCCCGUCAGCACUAGGCGCAAAGUAAAGCCACGUACUAUACGGCUCCAGAGCCCACGCGCUGCAUCCUCCGCCCGCCAAUCACCAGCAGCCGUUAUGCCCUGCCGUAGCCUCGAGCCCAUGGUGGUUGUGGCAAGCCCCGGCUGCAAAUCGGCCACUACCUACAAUACUGUACAGCCAGCCAGCCAGCCAGCCAGCCAGACAGACCGAUCGUGGCAGCUGGCAGCAAGGUCUUGUCCACUAUACUGUCCGCUGUCACCCCUCGGCCCACACGUGCUUAACUCCGUCUGGACUCGGGCUACGACAUGCCAACCCAACAUCCGACAUACUAUCAAGAUGGACCGGUAG